AUCAUAAACUGUGUCGGCGGUCAGGACAUCGUGUUCGAUACUCAUCAUACGUUCACUUAUAGAGUAAAAGAUUGGGGUUACGGCACUGUGGCGCUACUAAAUGUAAGAUUUGCAAUCCUCCAAAGUCAGCUCAAUAAUUUUCAGUACUUGGAAAACCCCAACAAUGGCUUUAUAUACAACGACACGGUCAGAGUAGAAGUUCACGUUUCCGCGGACGCUCCACAAGGCCUCGAAUGGGAUAGAGGAUUUGUAGGACUGAAGAACCUUGGCGCUACGUGUUAUAUGAACUCGUUGCUCCAGUCGUUCUUCUUCACCGGUGCUCUCCGCAAAGUUCGUUGGUAAUGUUUUCCCUUUUUGAAGGUUCUUUUUCAGGCGGUCUUUUCUAUGCCGGUUAUCAAUGAACAAGUUACUCGGAAUGUUACUCUUGCUCUCCAAAGAGUAUUUUAUUAUUUAAUGGUAGCUGAGAAUACCUGUUAAUCUCGAUGAUGUCGAGUUUCAGAAUUCGACUGAACCGGUUGGAACUAGAAGACUCACAAUGUCAUUCGGAUGGUCUUCAAUAGAAACAAUAAUGCAGCAGGACGUCCAAGAGUUCUGCCGUGUGCUGCUCGACAACCUCGAAACAAAGAUGAAAGGUUCCUCGGUCGGUAUACCCUCAUGCUAAAUCUCCGAGCAUUUAUUGGUAGUUUAAGACGUGAGAGAGCUAAGGAGAAAAUAUUUUUUGCUUUUUGAGCACAUCAAAAAAUUGUCUCUGCACCGUAAUAAGGAAAAGCCUUUAAUACCCUUGGACCGAUAACCUUUCGAACUAACUAUUUUUUCCAUUUUUCGGAAGUUUUAUAAAGGAAGUUUCAGGUUGAAAAUGUCAUUCCUUCACUUUUCAAAGGAAAGAUGCGCACAUUCAUUCGUUGUUUAAAUGUUCCUUACGAAAGUGGACGAACGGAAAACUUCUAUGACAUUCAAUUGAAUGUCAAGGGCAAAAAAACUAGUGGGUUGUCUAUGGACUUUGAAUUUUGAAUGAAUUGAAAAAAAAACGCGAUUAAAUACUUUCAGUAUACGAAUCUCUGCAAGAAUACACUGCCUUAGAAGUUCUGGAUGGCGCUAACAAGUACGACGCCGGCAUUCAUGGACAUCAGCCUGCCGAGAAGUACACCAAGUUCUCCCAUCUGCCGCCAAUCCUUCAUUUACACCUCAUGCGUUUUCAAUAUCUGGGUUCGGAGCAGAAAAUUAAUGACCGGUAGUGAAAAAAGCAAAAACAAAAUGUCAUUUACAAAAGAUUUCAGCUUCGAGUUCCCAGAAGAACUGAAUUUGUUUGAGUUCUCCGAAGGUGUAAAUCCAGAAGACUGUUUGUACAAUUUGCACGCGGUUCUGGUUCAUUCGGGAAAUGUGAGAGCUGGUCACUAUGUGGUCUACAUCAACACGAAUCUCCACGAACGUACUCAAGACGCUUAUAGGCCAAAGGUUGGUUGGUGUGAUAUCAAAGCCGCACGAUUAUAUAGUUUAAUUCCAUUUCGGAUUUCUUUAUGUUCUUCGGAAAAAAAAAUUUUUUUUUUCUCAGUGGAUUAG